AUGAAUAAAAAUUAAUCCUUAAGCUAUACUAUUUUAAGAAAAAAAUCAGCAUUACAAACUUCAGACACUACAAAAAUAACUUAAUAAUAAAGUUUAAAUAAGUCAAGAGCCAAAUCAAUCACUUCUACAACAAUCAAGUUAUUUCUAUAUUCUAAUUUAUCUUAGGAAACCUAUAACAAUAAUCAAGCCUCCUUAAAUAAAUUUAAAUAAGAUCGAUGUCAGUCCUUUCACCUUUGCCAAUAGACUCUCUCAUGAUGGUUCUACUGAUUAAACAAACUCUGCUAGUCUUAAUAGCGAUUAAGAACAAUAAAGAACUAUCAUACCAUAAAAGAAUAAUUAAGAAUAGCUAUAAAUUUUGAAACGCUAAAAGCAAAUUCUAGAGUAUAGACUUAGAUAGGAAACAGAAUCAUGUUAACAAUAUUAAUAAAACUAUCAUAAUUUAUAAGAACUUUUACAAAAGCUAGAACAUGCUAAAUCAAAUUAUAUUAAUGAAAUGAACUCCUUUACUUAAUGCUUAAGAUUGGUUUUAAACAAUACUGAUUGA